GCGAGCGACGUAUAUGUUUGCCACGCUGCCACUCGGGCAAGAGACUGCUCGACCGGACCGACGAGCGACGAAGCGCGCAGAAAGAGAAGAACCUCGGAGCUGAGAUGGCACAAGCCAUGGCGUCGAUGACCGGCCUCUCGCAGGGCGUCCUGCCCAGCAGGCGCGCCGACAGCAGAACCAGGACGGCCGUCGUCAUCGUCAGGGCGUCCGCGGAGGGCGACGCCGUUGCGCAGGCGGGCCGCCGCGCCGUGAUCGGGCUGGUGGCCACUGGCAUCGUCGGCGGCGCCUUGUCGCAGGCGGCGCGCGCCGAGACCGUCAAGACCAUCAAGAUUGGAGCCCCGCCGCCGCCCUCCGGUGGACUCCCCGGGACUCUCAACUCUGACCAGGCGAGGGACUUCGACCUCCCCUUGAAGGAGCGGUUCUACCUGCAGCCGCUGCCGCCGGCGGAGGCGGCGGCGAGGGUGAAGACGUCGGCGCAGGACAUCAUCAACCUCAAGCCGCUCAUCGACAAGAAGGCGUGGCCGUACGUCCAGAACGACCUCCGCCUCCGGGCCUCCUACCUGCGCUACGACCUCAAGACCGUCAUCGCUUCCAAGCCCAAGGAGGAGAAGAAGAGCCUCAAGGAGCUCACCGGCAAGCUCUUCAGCACCAUCGACGAUCUUGACCAUGCCGCGAAGAUCAAGAGCACCCCAGAGGCCGAGAAAUACUUCGCAGCAACCAAAGAUGCUCUUGGCGAUGUUCUCGCCAAGCUAGGCUAGACGCAAGGGCUAAUAAUGGCCAUGUAAUUUCGGACUUGUGUUUGUUCAUAUGGACCCGGCAAGGCAAUGUACCAUUUUCUGUUGAUAUUGUAU